ACUCAACGAAGGUAGAGGAAAGGAACAGUUUGAACUAAUUUUGCGACAGUUGUUAACAUCUAUUACUGCCAUGAUGACUUAUGACACAGAUAAAACUUUAACUGUUCAAGCAGCCUGUCUAAAGUAUAUUCCCUGCACGAUCACAGAUUUGCUUCUGGUGUAUGAUGCUGAGGAACUCAGCUACAUUAUGGUAUCUUUAAUAAGCAACAUUGCUCUGGAUCGACUUACCCCUCAGAAGAUGAAUUGCGUUAAUGAUAUCAUUUUCAGUGAUCUUUUCAAGAUUCCAGAAUGUCGCAAAAUUCUGUUGCCAAUCAUUAAUGAUCAUGUAUGUCGACUCCUGGAAAAGCAAGAAAGGAAGGAAGAAACAGAUAUUUGUGUGAAAAUUUUGAGUGACAUAUUAACAGUGUUACAUAAUCGUGGUGUAGAAGAGACUUAUCAGGAUAUAGCUGACCUCAUGCUCUCAGUCCUGCGGACAGUAAUUCAGAGUGUCAUUGCAAUGGAGCGGGAUCAAUCAUUGGUUGGUAACUUGGUGGCAGUAAUGCUGGCAAUCCUCAGACAGAUGACACCAGCACACUACAAUCAGUAUAUCAACCACUUUGUCACACGCACAGAUCUUAUUGAUUUUCUUAUGGAAAUUUUACUUGUCUUCCGUGACUUGGUUAGCAAGAAUGUCUACCAAAAAGACUGGAAUGAAAUGAUCAUGCUGCAAAACAGCAUUAUUUUAAAAGCUCUGAGGUAUUUUUCCCACACAUUGCGUGACUAUUUAACAAACCCAUUUGAGUAUCAGGUUUGGAACAACUUCUUUCAUUGUGCCAUCUCAUUCUUAACCCAAGAUGCACUACAGCUUGAGAAUUUCUUUCCAAAUAAAAGAAAUAAAAUAAUUUCAAGGUACAAAGAUAUGAGAAGAGAAACUGGAUUUGAAAUUCGUUCAAUGUGGUUUAACCUUGGUCAGCACAAGAUUCGUUUUGUCCCUGAAAUGAUUGGUCCUUUCCUGGAAAUGACUCUCAUUCCUGAAGCAGAGCUACGAAAAGCCACUAUUCCAAUUUUCUUUGACAUGAUGCAGUGUGAGUUUUACUUGCCUCGUGUCACCACCCUUUCAUACCAUGAUGAUAUUCAUAUCCAUAAUCGCGGCAUAAAAGGCAACUUUCAUGAGUUUGAGAAUGAGAUGAUUACAAAGUUGGACAUGCUUGUUGGAGGUGGAAGAGGAGAUGAACAGUACAAACAACUUUUCUUUGAACUUAUUGGUGGACUCUGUGAGAACCAUUCAACAAUGAAUGAACAAGGUAUCAAGUUUGUGAAGACAGUGGUAAGACUGAUGAAGAGGUUAUUGGAGUACAGAGACAUCAUAACUGAUGAAAACAAGGAAAACAGAAUGAUUUGUAUUCUCAAUCUUUUGGAGUUCUACAAUGAAAUCAAUCGCAAAGAGAUGUACAUACGUUAUCUAUACAAGUUGUGUAAUCUACACCUGGAUUGUGAAAAUUAUAUUGAAGCAGCAUUUACUUUAAAAUUACAUGCUGAAUUGUUAAACUGGUAUGAUAAGCCACUGCCUCAUAUUCUAAAAAAUGAAGAAUACCCUCACUGUGAGACCCAUCGAGAGCUAAAGGAACGACUUUAUUGUGAUAUCAUAAACUAUUUUGAUAAAGGAAAGCUCUGGGAGGCAGGUUUAACACUUUGCAAGGAGUUAGCCCAGCAGUACGAGAAUGAAAUGUUUGAUUACAAUCAACUUAGUGAUCUUUUAAAGCAAAUGGCUACAUUCUAUGAUAAUAUCAUGAAACAGGUUCGGCCUGAGCCAGAAUAUUUUCGUGUAGCCUACUUUGGACGAGGUUUUCCUGCAUUUCUGCAAAACAAAGUUUUUGUGUACCGUGGAAAAGAAUAUGAACGAUUGUCUGACUUCAGCAAUCGAUUGUUGAAUCAGUUCCCAAAUGCACAAAUAAUGAAUAAACUGGAUUCUCCAGGAGAGGAGAUAUCAGAAUCCUUACUGCAAUACUUGCAGAUCAACAAAAUUGACCCUGUAAUGCAGGAACAGGAUCGAUUUCAUGGAAAACUUGUCCAUGAUCAAAUUCUGAAAUACUACAAAGUAAAUGAGGUGCAGAAAUUUACCUACUCUCGACCUGUUCGGAAAGGAGAAAAGGAUUCUGAUAAUGAAUUUGCCACUAUGUGGCUAAAAAGAACUUACUUAGUAACAUCUUACCAUUUACCAGGUAUUCUUUGCUGGUUUCCGGUUACUAACUCUGAAGAUAUGGAGAUCAGUCCACUGGAGAAUGCUAUUGAGACCAUGGAGACCACCAAUCGUCGAAUUAGGGAUAUGAUUGUCCAACACCAUGCUGACCCAGCUCUCCCUAUUAACCCUCUUAGCAUGCUGUUAAAUGGAGUAGUUGAUGCAGCUGUUAUGGGUGGAAUUAUUAACUAUGAAAAGGCAUUUUUCAAUGAUGAAUAUUUGGAGAAAAACCCAACCAGAAGAGGCAAAGAAGGAAUACAGAAAUUGAAAGACUUAAUAGCUUGUCAGAUUCCAUUGUUAGAAGCUGGCAUAGCACUUCAUGGACAAAAAGCCCCAGAAAGCUUACAACCAUUUCAUGACCAUAUGGAGGAGUCUUUCAGCAAUUUACGGAAACAUGUUGAAGAAAAAUAUGGAAAACGGUCUUCACCAACAGAACUACAUGAGAGGAUAGCUGUUACCAUGAGACGCAAGAAAUCAUCAGUUUCUCAAGGCACUCCUAACAGUAAUCGUUCUUCAGAUGUCAGCCUCAAUUCUUCUGAACCAAGCAGAAAGACUCUGUCAACAAUUAGCUCUGCAAGCUCCACAAACAAGAUGGCUGCUACUCUAACCAGUCGUGCUCAGUCUGUGUGGGUGAAACCUGGCUCCCCAUCUCCUACUAAGACACAUGGGAAAAAGAAUAGAGAAAGUACCACCAUAACUUUGAGAAGAAGCUCAGGUGCUAGUGUAUCAUGUCCAUCUGAAAAUCAUUCGCACUCCCUUUGGUAUGACACAACAGGGAACAAAACAGAUGGACCUGUGAUAGAGCUUAGUGAACAAUUAACACCUCAUCGUCCCCUACGGUCAGAAGCAGACAAGAGGCUCAGUCGACCUUCCAGUGGGCACUUCAGAUCCAAAACUCCACAAUCUCAAACAAUCCAUUCGCCACCAUUGUUAACGUCAGAAGAAGUAGAUGAUAAACCACCACCUCUGCCCCAGAAACAAGCCUAUGCAGAUUAUACCAAUAUUACUGAUGAUAUGCAUAUGUCACCCAGGAAGAGCUCACUCUUUUCAUCUGCAAGGUUAAAAAAUAAGCCUCCACCACCACUACCUGUUAAAGCAGGAACACCACCAGCAGUUCCAAGAAAACCUAAGCGUCCACUUCCUGAGGCUCCAAUGUCUGAAACAGUUGAGCUUCCCAAAAAAUCACCACAGGUAUCUGAUAUAUCAGGAAGCUGAAAUUCCUAAGUUUAGUGCCUUCAACUGUCAAAUUUUGAUAUUAAUUUUUAGUAGCUUCAGAUGUCUAAUUAUUAUGUUUUGGAUAGUUUUAUUAAGGAACCAUGUUAUAUAUUAUAUUUGGAAUUUCAGACUGAUAAACUUUUAAAGGGUUUAGUACUUCAAAAAAAUGAAGAACAGAAUAUAAUUGUUUUCCAAUAAAGACAAGUCUGUAAAUGUCAAAUUAUACAUCGCGGUAUCACAAAUAUGAAUGGCUUGAUAAAGUAAGUUUUUUAUACUAUUUUUAUAUAAUCUUAAAUAUAAAUACUUGUUUGUUUGUUUUUACACAGCUAAUCUUUCAAGUAACUAUAUGUAAUAAGAAUCAAUGGCUAUUGUAAUAUAUCAUAUUCAUCAUUAAUAUUAUCAGAAUUUAAAAGAAAAUACUUGAUUCAAUAGUGUUUAGUGCCUCAAGACCUUUUCAGACUUCAAUAUAAAAAAAUUGAGGGAAUAUUCCCUUAUCUUAUAAUAACAAAACCUGAAGUUUGUAAUUUUAUUUCACACAAAGAUAUAAUAAUAAUCAAAGACAAGUGAAAAAGUGUCUGUGCAAUGAUUAUCUUACAAAACUGUACAAAAGUCAAGUAUUACAAAGUUCAUUGAUGUAUUUGGCUGUUGAGUUGAAUUAGAAACAUGUGGUAUUAGUCAACUAGUCAUGGAUUAAGUAAUGUUUUGAAUGAUUGUGGUUCUGACAUUAAUGAAAUUCACUGAAGCUUUUCUUCCUUAAUUUACAUUUGUUUUGGUGAGCUUAUCAUCAGUUAACCAUUCAGUUGUUUGUACUUCUGUUGAUUUGUCAUUUAUGGGUAUUACAUAUGUUGUUAAGCAGAUAUAAGUUUCUUACAACUUCUACACCAAAAUCUUAAUAUCAACAUAAAAAAGUAUCUGUGGAUAUGUAUAUUUAAGCCCAACAGUUUGUAAGUUAUUUUCA